GCCAUGUCAAGUGAAAAAAAGAGCGAGGUGAACUAAUUGCGGAGAAGAAGGAGCUGUUAUUUUGAGACGCACUGUGUUGAAGUCCGCGGAUUUAUUUAUAAAUGACGGUUAGCUUUGUAGCGAAUGUAGGCGCUGUUGAAGCUGCUCAGUAUUAUGUUUCUUUUAAGCAGAUAAUAACAUUACUGGGACAGUUUGGCAUCGUUGUCCUAAGAAAGGAGUAAUAAACUGAACCUGCUUCGCGUUGUUUUAUGUGACCCAGUAACGUUAGUUUGUUCUGGAGGAAACGAGCCAAAUGAUGUCAGGAAAGCAUUACAAGGGACAAGAAGUCAGCUGCUGCAUCAAAUAUUUCAUAUUUGGAUUUAACAUAAUAUUUUGGUUGCUUGGUGUGGCUUUCCUUGGAAUCGGAUUGUGGGCAUGGAAUGAGAAGGGCGUUCUGUCUAACAUCUCGUCCAUCACGGAUCUGGGUGGAUUUGAUCCGGUGUGGUUGUUUCUGGUGGUUGGAGGGGUGAUGUUCAUCCUGGGUUUCGCUGGCUGUAUCGGGGCCUUGAGGGAAAACACCUUACUGCUCAAAUUCUUUUCUGUGUUUCUGGGGAUAAUCUUCUUCCUGGAGCUGACCGCCGGUGUCCUGGCCUUUGUCUUUAAAGACUGGAUUAAAGAUCAGCUCAACUUGUUCAUCAACAAGAACAUACAAGCCUACAGAGAUGACAUUGACUUGCAGAACCUCAUCGACUUCACUCAGGAAUAUUGGGAAUGCUGUGGGGCGUUUGGAGCAGAUGACUGGAACCUCAACAUCUACUUCAACUGCACAGACAGCAACCCCAGCCGAGAAAAAUGUGGCGUGCCCUUCUCCUGUUGCACCAAAGACCCAGCGGAAGAUGUCAUCAAUACACAAUGUGGAUAUGAUGUUCGGGCAAAACCGGACGCAGACCAGAAGACAUUUAUUAAUGUCAAAGGCUGUGUGCCACAGUUUGAGAGAUGGCUACAGGACAACCUGACCGUAGUGGCUGGGAUCUUCAUCGGCAUCGCUCUGCUGCAGAUAUUUGGAAUAUGCCUUGCACAGAAUUUAGUCAGCGAUAUUGAAGCUGUGAGAGCCAGCUGGGUGCCGCCCCCCUCUUACGUCGCCCGCCGCCCCCCGUCCCACUACAGCAAGAAGGCCUCGGCGUACUCCUGAGGGAGUUUGUUCACAUGAAGCGGCAGCUAGUCGUUCAGACACUCGCAGGCCUGCGCCAGCACCAUCAUGGUGGAGAAUGAUGAACACGAGAUGCCAAGUGCACUGUUUGUGUUUGUGUGUGUGUGUGUGUAACCUUUCACCAUCUGUAAAUAGAGUGUCAAGUGUCAAAACAGGUGUAAUGUGAAAUAUUAAGUGUUCACAGAGGUUGCGUUAACCCAAAAAUGACCACCAUUUACAGGACUAUACAAGCAUCACUCAAAACACUUCCCAUCACUUUGACACAAAAUAUAAGAUAAUUGAAACCACAACUGGCUCGCUAGUUCAGUUUUUAAGACACUGGGGAUUAGGGAUGUCUGGUGCACUGCAAAAACCAGUGAACUAAUGUUAAAUAUCACUUAAACAUAUUAAUAACAACAAAUGAGUUUAUUUGGCGCAGUGACUUUCAUUUAUUAAGCUAUAGUCAGUGUUAACGUCAGGCUUUCGGGUAACGUUUAUUUUGUUAAUCUCUCAGUCAUCAUUGUUUUCUAUUGCAUGUUUUAAAACUCCACCGCUUUGAUCAUUUUUUGAAGCAUUUAAAGAGACAAUUUGAGAGAUCCAGCGUGACGCAUGAUAUUUAUUAGAGUUUUAAUUGUUCCGUUAUAUUGUUAUUGAUUUUAUAUUAAAAAUAACUUUGUAUUUUGGUCAUGCAAACUUGGAAACCACACCAAAUGUAAUGUUUAAUGCUUUCCUCUCUUUGCAUAUGAGCUUUAUAUUCCACUAUUUCAUACUAUAUGACCCUGAUGUAUCACAUAUGAUACUCAUCAAAAACACAUGCUUAUUUAAACUGUUGCAUUUUAAAAAAAAAUUUCUGACGUCUGGCUUUACAAGGUCAGUUCUUAAAAAUGAUGAUAUGAUCUACAUCUAGGCCUAAAUAAUAAUCCAGGGUAUUAAAAGGAGAGUUUGUUGAGUGGCGAACGCAGCCUCUGUCGGGGAGUUUCUCAUUGACCGUGUUUUUUAUUAUUCUGUUAACACGGGUUCAUGCACUUCAGCUGUACAUUACAUUUCACUCUUACGUAGAAACAUUUCGAAGCAAAUCUUGCUGCUUGUGUUCAAUAAAACAGUCAGGAAGUCAAUCAGACAUUUAAUUUAGUAAACUGUAAUUUACAGAUUAGAGAUCCCAGGAAAUGUUUAUCUUUCACAAGCAAUUUCUGAUCAGGAGAAGCAUGCAUUUCUGUAGCGUUUGGACUAAUCAGAAGCUUGUUUGUUGGAAAUAUCCGAGUGAUAUUAUAACACUCUCACAAUGCAAACACAGUUGGAUGGUAACACACUACUGUAUGUAGCACACACGUGUAAUUGUACAUCACUAAAACGGCUUUUAACAUGCUUUAUGUCUUUUUUUCUUUUAAGGACGUUCUGAUGUAGCUUUUACAGAUACAAUUAAUUUCAAAUGUGUUGAAGGGAGAGAGGGUUUGAUCUGAAGGUGUGAUGAUGAUAUUAAUGUUUAGGCUGUGCUCCAGCAAUAAGAACAAACAUUUUCAAUAAAUGAUUUCUCAGCAUUGUAAUGGGGUUUCUGUAUAAUACAUUUUUCAGUCCCAUGUUA